ACUUAUGCUGCUAGGAAAGGUCUGGAGGCAAGCUGUCACAGUGGCUACUUUUUUGCUGUCGUUGCACUUCAGUGGUCUGAUGCGUUGAUAUCUAAGACGAGGAAGAAUUCUAUUGUAAUGCAGGGCACUGAGAACCAAGUACUAAAUACGUCCUUAAUUUUCACAACCCUCAUGGCUAUGUUCAUAACAGUAACUCCGUAUGUGAAAGAUGUACUGAAACUCAAUGGGAUACGCUUGGCCGAUGCAAUGAUCUCCGUCUACUAUGCGUUUGUGAUGUUCGUAUACGAUGAAUGCCGAAGAUGGUAUCUUCGAAAAUAUCCUACAGGAUUCAUAUAUAGAGAAACCUAUUUCUAA